UAUAUGUGCCCGUGCGCACGUAGUGGGGGGAGACUCCGCUCCUCUGCAGGCUGCUGCUUUUAUGAAUGGAGGGGGGAGCGGCUGGGAGGGGCCUCCUCCUCACCAGAUCGUGAUGUCAGUGUGCUGAAUGAAACAUCGGCCCCGUAGAUGCAGGAGAGGCUGCUAUACUAUAUCCCAGGGCACAGCGAGCCCACCCCCCCACUUUCCUGAAACACACACACACGCGCGCGCGCGAGCAUCCGCCCCCGCGCAUCAGCUCUGCUCCUGCCCCCCCACCCAUACCUGCCCACAUAUCAGAUACGCCGAGCUUAGGAAAUUACCGCUGCUGACGACAGCUCGCUAACUCACCCACCCACCCGUCCGCCAGCUCCCUCCACUAGCGAUACGGCGAUAAGGCAUGCACACUCCACACGGACGGGGACUCCUGCAGCAGUCGGCAAGCGAGCGCAGGCACAAGCGCAUCUGCCGACUGGGCUGUGCGGAGGAGGCGGUGCGCUGCUGCAUCUGAGAGACUCCCCAGGAAGACAGGAGAACACAGACCCCACCCCCCCCCCCAUCACUCCCACACGCCUGCUCUCUCCGACGGCAUCCCUUCGGUGACGGAGACCGCCGGUCGGAUAGCGGCCGCUCCGCUUCCACCAGAAGCAGCAUGUUCUGCUUCUGUUGGCAGAGUUCCUUCCUGAAGCUGCAGGCGCUGGAUGCCGAGGCCGGCUCCUCGCUCAGGCCGUCGCCGGAGGACACAGCGCCGACGCCGGGCACCAAGGAGCAGAGCCGGACCCUGGUGCGGGGCAGCCGCAGCGAGGAGACCAGCCCUGGCGAGCCCAGGUCAGCCGUCAGAGCCCAGAUUCUGGAAGGGGAAGGUGGCGAGAGCCAGCCGUCCCCGGGGACCAGCCGCCUCCUGCACCACAUCAUGGACGACGGGAGCCCCCUCCCAUCGCCGCGCUGUCCGAGCUUCAGCCAGAGCCUGCGCUUCAACACCGACCCGGAGGCGGCGCCAUCGCCACCCUGCUCCCAGCAGUUCAUCAUGGCGCGCGGCAUUGACAGAAGUGAACCUCCAGAGGGCGCCAAAGACACGCCGUCGAUCGCCUUUCUCACGAAACACAUCCAGACCCUCAAGAGGAAAAUUCGCAAGUUCGAAGAAAGGUUUGAACAGGAGAAGAAGUACAUGCCCUCACACAACGAUAAAACGGCAAAUCCAGAGAUGUCCAAGCUCAUGAGUGAGCUUGCUAAGUCUCGCAAGCAGCUUAAAGACCUCAAAUUGAAACAAUCUGUGGAGGAGCUGAGAGAACAGAAGGACACAGAAAUAUGCAAGUACAACAGUGACCUGCAGGGGGCGACAGAGUCACAGCAUAUGCCCUCCUUGGAGGAGACGGUAGACGCCCUGCUGAAAAGACUUAGGGAUAAGCGACAGGCCCUUGGCCUCCCAGACAAUAUGAAGGAAAUGACCCAAAAACAGAUGGCCCUGGAAAAAAUUACUCUGCAGAAAUGCUUGCUGUACUUCGAGAGUCUCCAUGGCCGACCAGACUCAAAGCCGGAGAGGAACCUUGUGAAGCCGCUGUACGACAGAUACCAGAUGAUCAAGCAGUUGCUGUGUGCCACUCCAACCAUCACCACCAUAGAGGAAGAGGAGGAUUCAGAUGAGGAGUGUGUGUCACAGAGCCCCGUACAGCCCUGCAGUUCGGAGCGCCCCGCCCCGGCUGACAAGUCGCCAGGGACACAGGAAGAAGACAGCGACACAGCCUUCGUGUCUCCGCUGGAUGAGGUCAAAGCCGUCCACCAGUCUGGCAUCAUCAUGUCCAACCUGCACGAGGCCUCCAGGUCAGAGCUCCUGGAGUCCCUCCGGGAAACGCGAGUGGAGAAGAAGAGGCGUCGCAAGGCACUCCGAGAGUUUGAGCUGCAGUUCUUCAGACAAAUGGGGAGGGCUGUUCAGAAGGAUGACCGCAUUCCCAUGGCCGAAGAGUAUCAGCAGUACAAGAACCUGAAAGCUAAACUCAGAUUACUGGAAGUCCUUCUGAGUAAACAGGACGUUUCAAAGACUAUCUGAGAGAAAGACGUUGUUCGUUUAAGAUUUAUUUUUGAACAAACUG